AUAGUUGAGUCAACUCGGACUAAAUUUUUGAAAUUAUUCGCAGUUCGUAUUCGACUAAAUCCAAAUCGCGAAUCAGUUCAAUACCUUUCGUGGUAAAUAUUUUAGGAGUAACACAAUAAUUACGUGUUGCAUUUUUCUUUGAAGAAUCCUUGUAUCUGUCAUUUUAUAUACUGGGAUAUUUUCGUAUUCAAUAAUUUAUUCAAGUGCUCGCUUGAUAUUUUUGAUAAGCAAGAGUGGGAUUUUCGCGGAUCAAAAAUCCUCGCGCGUUUUCAAUGCUGUGUCGUGAGCCGGUAUCAGAGUGUGAUUACGAAACUCGCAGAAUUCCGCCGAGCAAUCAUGAUCGAGUUCAAUAUCAAGAAGCAGAUCAAUAAGGCUGUCUACAAGCUCCUUUGCGGGGCUGUCCAUCACUCCUGCUUUUUUCGGAAUAUUCACCACCGGUCGGUCUCAUCAAUGGUGGCACCAAACCAGCCGAAGGUGUGCAAGCAGCAGGAGAAUGAAGAGCUGGAGAUCGACGAUGACUCGCACGAAAUCGAGCUCCGGGAGGUCAUCAAAGAGGGUCACGACAAGGCAGACCCCGGCCAAUUCGAGCUCCUCAAAGUCCUAGGACAAGGCUCUUUUGGAAAGGUAUUUUUAGUUAGAAAAGUCGUCGGGCCAGAUAGCGGAACUCUUUAUGCCAUGAAAGUUCUUAAAAAAGCAACUUUAAAAAUUAAAGAUCGAAUUAGAACAAAAAUGGAAAGAAAUAUCUUGGUGGAUGUGAGGCAUCCGUUCAUCGUUCGUCUCCACUAUGCAUUUCAAACCGAAGGAAAACUUUAUUUAAUUCUAGAUUUUCUUAGAGGUGGUGACCUGUUUACCCGGUUAUCCAAGGAGGUUAUGUUCACAGAAGAAGAUGUCAAAUUUUACCUAGCAGAAUUAGCGUUAGCUUUAGAUCAUAUACACAGCUUAGGAAUAAUUUAUAGAGACUUAAAACCUGAAAAUAUUUUACUGGAUGCAGAUGGCCAUAUUUCGCUAACAGAUUUCGGCUUGAGCAAACAGCCUCUAGAUGAUCAAAAAGCGUUUUCAUUCUGCGGCACUGUUGAAUAUAUGGCCCCAGAAGUCGUCAAUAGAAAAGGACAUUCGUUUGCUGCAGACUGGUGGUCUUUCGGAGUAUUAAUGUAUGAAAUGUUGACGGGGUCGUUACCGUUUCAAGGAGCAAAUAGAAAAGAAACAAUGACGCAAAUUUUAAAGGCAAAACUUGGUAUGCCACAAUCUCUCUCUCAGGAAGCCCAGCUUUUGUUACGAGUACUAUUUAAAAGAAAUCCCCUGAACCGAUUAGGCUCUGGACCCGGAGGUGUUGAAGAAAUCAAAGCGCAUCCUUUCUUUGCAACGAUAGACUGGGCAAAGCUCUAUCGGAAAGAGAUUCAACCUCCCUUCAAACCUGCUGUCAGUAGAGCGGACGAUGCAUUUUAUUUUGAUAGUGAAUUUACUUCCAAAACUCCAAAAGAUUCUCCAGGCAUACCUCCUAGUGCAAAUGCUCAUGAACUGUUUCGGGGCUUUAGUUUUGUUGCCUCAUGUCUUAUAGAUGAAGAAGGCAUGAUGGGAAAUGAUGUUCCUGUUCGCUCUAAAGUUGAACCAAUUAAUAAGUUAAAUAAUUUUACAAAGAGAAACCUACAAGAUGAAUAUGAAUUAAAAGGAGAAAUUGCAAAGGGGAGCUACUCAGUCUGCAAGCUAGGUGUUCACAAAGCAUCAAACAUAGAAUACGCUGUAAAAAUUAUAGAUAAAUCGAAAAGAGACUGCCAAGAAGAAAUCGAAAUUCUACUCAGAUAUGGCCAUCAUAAGAACAUUGUUACUUUGAGAGAUGUUUAUGAGGAUGAGAAACACACCUAUUUAGUAAUGGAAUUAAUGCGAGGAGGCGAGUUAUUGGAUAGGAUAAUGAAUCAAAAGUGUUUUUCGGAAAGAGAAGCAAGCUCUGUAAUGAACACAAUCGUUUCUACCGUACAUUAUCUUCAUCAGCACGGUGUUGUGCACCGUGAUCUAAAGCCAUCUAAUAUCCUGUAUGCAAACGAAUCUGCAUCCGCGGAUGCAUUAAGGAUCUGUGAUUUUGGCUUCGCCAAACAACUUAGAGCAGAAAAUGGCUUGUUAAUGACACCCUGUUACACUGCGAACUUUGUAGCUCCCGAGGUGCUGAAGCGACAAGGAUAUGAUGCUGCUUGUGAUAUUUGGUCACUCGGAAUACUACUUUACACACUCUUGGCAGGACACACUCCUUUUGCCAGUGGGCCAAAUGAUACGCCUGAAGAAAUUUUGCGAAGGAUUGCUGAAAGCAAACUCGACCUACGGUCUGGAAAUUGGGCUAACAUCUCUCAAAGUGCGAAGGACUUAGUUGCAAAAAUGUUGCAUUUAGAUCCUCACAAGAGACCCACUGCAAGCCAAACACUUCAACACCCAUGGCUCACCAACCGAAAUCAAUUGUCAACUUUUAGGCUUCAACUUCAAGAAUCGUCCAUCAUUAAGGGAGCCAUGGCAGCAACUUACCGUGCAAUGAGCCAAUCUCCACCUGCACCAAAUUUAGGUCCCAUCGCAAUGAGCAAAUUAGCUCAGCGUCGUCAGAAAUCAAGACCAACGAGUAAAUCCUCAACCGAGUCCUUGGACAAGUUGUAACCAGGCAGCUCUUCAGCCACAAAUCUGCCAUUGGUGGAUCUUUGAGACAUUGGAAAUAGGUGCAGUCUCCGAAGUUUCACCCUUGUAUGUUAAGUUUUUUACUUCAUCAGAUUUUUCUCCGGUAAAAACAAUUGUGAUAUUGUAGUUCUCCGGCAAGCAGUUUUUGCCGAGGAAAAUUUAAUUCUAACCAAACAAAAAAUAUAUUCGGUAGUUGUAAAUUUUAAAGAAAAUUGAUAAUUUAUGUUCGCAACAGAUGAUCGUAUUUUCUUUAUAUUUUUAAUGAUCCAAUCUACAUGUACAUAGAUGUACAUUUUAGAAUCGUUUGUUAUUUAGGUAUUAAUACGUGUAAAGAGAGGCAAAGAAUGGAGACACCUGUUUUUUCUUUUUUCCUCUUUCUCUCUCAUUCAAUUCAGUAUUUAUUUAUUUUUUUUUUAGGGGGGGGGGGGGGUAGUAUUAGAGGAGUUAGUGCUUGAAUCGCAUACCAAAGUAAAGUUUGGAUGAGAAAAAUCAAAUGAAAUAUCUCUCACCCUAAAGUAUUAUGUAUUUACAGACAAGAAUCUACUAUCUAACUAUUUAUGCUGCAGACAUUCUGGUAUUUUUCUCUGAAAUGAUUCGUUUUGCAGUAGGCUUUCUCCUAAUUUUUGUCAAUUAUACACAAAAAUACUUUGCAAGUUGAGUUCACAAUAAUCUGAAUAAAAAAAAGGUCACUGCUAUAAUUUAAGCAAUUUAAACUAUAUUUUUGCUUGAAUUUGUCUGGAAACCCCUCUGUAGGUUAUUGGAGGCAUUUUCAGUGAAGAAUGGUUCAUAAAUCUCUGUUUGGGUAUUAUGGAUGUGCCAAUGUCCCUAUUCUUGGUAAAUUGUUUCUACAAAUACUAUGAACCCAAAAAAAGUUGGAAUAUCUAUUUAGUUCUAAUGAUUUUUCCUCCACUUUAUGGAGAACUUUGCCCCGAACACCGUACUCAACUGUUGUCAAUAAUGGGAAAGCCAUUGAUCUCUUUCAUGUGAAGGAAGCUCUUUUGGUACAUUUUGUAUGCAGAGGAAGUAAUUAUUAGCUGUCAAGCUAUCUUUAGAUAGAUCAUCUUUUUUUAGGGUAUCUCUGAGAGUGGAUAGCUGGCAAACUGGUCCUUUUAUUAAAGAGGACAAACCGCCUUAAAUUUUUUCCGGCUUUAGCCUUGAUAACAGCCCUCUCUUAUUUUAUGUUUCCAUUCAGCUAAUCUUGUUUCAUAGCUUGCCUGAACCCUUUUCUUGCGAUUUUUCCUCUUUUUCAAUGUUUUGAACUCAUUUGAACCGAACCAGCAGAAAUUUUUCUAUUCUUGCGUUUUUACUUAAUUUUGACUGAUUGUCUUUAUUUGCUGUUGAUACAUGUAAUUAUGGAAUUUUAUUGUAAAGUGCUUUGAACUGCAUACUCUAUUCACACUGAGUAGAACAAUCACUCAUGUUUGCAUAUAAUAUGUGUUACUGUUCAUGGAACAUGCUUAUUGCAUGGGUUAUAAAACAAGCAGGCAAAUCUGAGUUAAAUUCUGUGAAAUGAAAGUAAUUAAAUGAGACUUUUCCAGUAUUCCUGCAUUAUUACAAAAUAGACUGUAAUCCCUCACAUUUUUUGCUAUCUCUGAUUUCAUAUUUGAAGAAAGAUCCUGAAAUCAUUUCGUUGCUACUCAGCUCAGCUUCUCCAGUACUUUCGCACAAGAGAAUCAAAUAUGUUUUGUGCAGCACUCCUUUAAGCUUCUGUCUUCCCUAAACCAUUCUCCUUUUUUCAUUUUCACCCAUGUUAAUUCUAAAUAACAAAUUAGUCACAUUUAAGUUUAAAUUUUUUGUGUUGAUUUUCAUUUAGAAUCUGAACGAUUGACUAUAGGAGUGAAUUAUUUUUUCUAAUCCAACCCAUAAAUGUAUGGUAACAUCCAGUAAUGUAAUGGUUUGGAUCAAUUUGUUGAAGCUAUGCCAUAACAAAGAGUAAAUUUGCACAUUGUCCUCUGACAUUAAUUUUUUUGUGUUGCAAAAUAGUUGGCCUUUUUUUAUUUGUUACGUUUGUUAAAAUAACUCUUUUUCCAGCUGUGAAUUAUUAAUUCAUCCCAGUUUUAAUCAUCAAACCCCAGAAAAAUUGUUACUAUUGCACCCUGGACUGUGUUAAAACAAAUAUUGCUUUUUUUUUUUAAUUAUUCAGGAACUCUCACCUUGAUCUAGCAGGUAGAAUUUUUUAGUCCCUAAAUUAUGAUUUAUCCUAUGAUUUUAGAACCUAAGUACAUAAGAUAUUUGUCAUGGCCAAUACUAGUGGGCCAAUGGGUUGCUUCAAAUUGAGAGCCACUGAUGUAAUGUUCAAACGAUGAGAUGAACAAUUACACAUUCACUCUUCUUUUUAUCUCAUAUUCUUCUGUUGUUCAAAGGCAAACAAAAAUGUUCUUUCUUUAGCCUUCUUUUGAGAAAAAUUUGAAGUCCUGAAAUCAACUUUUGGAGAAAAAAUAAUCUUGCACCAAGAAAGUAUUGUGUUUUGAAGUAGGUAUUUCCUUCUUUGUGGCUUCACUCACAGGUGUUCAGUGAGCAGUAGAUGAAAAAGUGUAGAGAGAAUUCCAGUUGUAACUUAAAAAGCAUAACUACCACUGGUAUUUUUCCAAAUCUAAUACAUGCAGCAGUUAGAAAAUACCCAAGUAAAUUUGAUCAUUUUAAGUUUGUCAGAGAUCAAAAAGGAAAUGUUGGCCCAUUUAUCCACAUCUGCCACCUCUAAUUUUUCUCAUUUCUUCCUGUCAAAACUCUCAAAUUUUUCAUCCUUACAUUUCUAGCCUGAAGAUGAAUACACUAAGUUAAUAUGUAUUUCAGCCUGAUUUAUGCAUUAUUCAAUGCAUGCUUUACAUAAGUAUUUCAUUUUUUUUCUCUCUCUCUCUCUCAAAAUAAUAUACCUUGAAUACUGAGCUGUGUAUCAAACCUGAGUGAUUAUUUGACUCUUUGCCCGAUAGCUUUGAUUUGUGUAAUUUCUUGGCUCCGAUUUAAGCUCUCAAAAGUCAACUUUUAAGUGGCCUUAGUUAAAUUCACGUCAUGAGAGUUUGUAUGUUCAUCACGAAGAUGACCUAAAAUGAAUGCAGGUACUUCUCUGGAAUCCUCAUGCAAUCAACUUGCAAGAAAUGAAAAAAAUUUGGUGUUUGAUAUUGACAAUUGUCAACGAAAAUCCCAAUGAGCUCUAAUGAUAGCUGCCUAAUCCAUUCUGAAGUGUAACAGAAUCGUCUCCACAAGAAGAUUAUAGGAGUCUUUUUUAUGGCUGAAUUUCUACUAAACCGAAGAAUAUAUCUUGCUGAAACUUAAUUAAUUUAAAUUUAAGUGUACUAACUUAUUAAUAAGACAAAUAAGGCCUCAGAAAACUGAUUAAAAUUUAAGAGAAACUAGUUUGGAAAUCUUAGCAUUACUGUUUUGGUUCAAAUGAUCUAGGGUAAGUGAAAAGUGAUAAGUUUUUGACUGUGGGAGUACCUGUAUUUAUUGUAGAUUAUCCUCAUUUUAAGUGAAAUCCGAGUAAUUAAUGAAACAAUCUUCAACUGAGAUCUAGUUUCUUUCCAUCCUUCUUUUUGUUUUCAAAGAUAGAACUGUUUCCCUGUUUUUGAUGUCCUGCAACUAACCUCAGUCGUUAAGACUUGAAGCUUUACUAUUAUCUACCUUGACUUAUUAACUUGAUGUGCAAUAAAUCAGGGCAUCAAUUACUGUUUAGCUAAGAAAUCUCAGUAAUCCAUUGUUUGCUUCAUUUUAAGUACAAUCAGGUGUUUUUUUUCUAUAUCUUGUAAUUGUUGUUGAAAACUCAACUCAUGUGCACUGAGUCAAUUUUUGUUCAUAAACUGUUUGUUUCAUCUA